UUGCUUCUUCACAUUUCCCAUAGGAACUCCGCUUUCAGUUUUGCUGUUGGAUUCCGCGUACAGAUCGACCAGAAUACGGUUUCCAAUGGGCGGGGUUUCCAGGACUGGCCACCACCGAGUGAGCUCGGCUCAGCCCUUCAUAACCUCUUGCUGGCCGUUGACUUUGGAGCCGAGAUCGGGCGUCUUUUUGUUGUACUUUCAGCUGAACAGAUAUUCUUGAUCAGCUUGAGCCACCGUCUUAUGUGGUCAAGUCCUCGUAUCACCCUGACGCACAGCACCUGGCAUCGUCUCGAAUUAUCGCUUGCCAAUGGCGAUCUCUCGAUGGAAGGCAGAAAUGAUAAAUCGCAAACCGGUAUUCGGGUAAGAGAAUUUAUUGCUUUUGGGCCGAUGCUUGGCUAUUCGGUGCUUAUUCUUUGCCUCUAA